CUCACGCAUAGACAAAGUUUUUUUUUGUGUAGUGAUGGCGGUCGCUGGAAAUUUUCAAAUGCUGGAUGUGAGCGGCUGGACAGCGUUCGCGCCAGAUGCGCGCGCGACCAACAUGUGCACCACCAGCGUGACCGAGGCCCCGCGCAGCCCGCGCCACCUGCACAAGCGGCGCCGCCUCUCCCGUCUGCUCGACAAGCUCUCCAUCCAGCUGCAGAACAACAACCACUACCCGCAGUGGGAGAAAAUGCCCGAAGAUGUACCUCUAGACUUAUCUGUCAAAUCCAAAUCGCCCCCUGCCUACUCUUGCGACGCUUGCGGACAAACCUUCACGGUACACGACCGCUUAGCGAAACACGUAGCGUCUAGACACAGGAAUAGGGUGCCGGAGAGCGAGCGCGCGUACGAGUGCGAUAUUUGCGAGCGGCGUUUCGCGCGCUCGGAUAUGCUGACGCGCCACGCUCGGCUGCACAGCGGGCACAAGCCUUACACUUGCCCGGCUUGCGGCCAAGUGUUCUCCAGGUCUGAUCAUCUCGCGACGCACCACAGGACGCAUACGGGAGAGAAGCCGUACAAGUGUUCUGCUUGUCCAUACGCGGCGUGCCGCCGGGACAUGAUCACGCGCCACAUGAGGACACACACGCGGCGACCGCAGCCCGCCUAGCCGUGGAGCUGGACCUUACUGGUCCCGAUUGUUGGUUUAAAUUCCAAGUGACGUUUUAUUUAGAACGUAUCGAGUGCAUUUAACAUAUUGUUUUUUUUUCCUAUUUAUAGAACGGGAGAAUCUAAGUUAACUUGGCGCCGGCGCCGUUUACAAAAUGUGCCGGCACCAACAUUUUAAAUGUCAUAUUAUUUUAAGAAGUUUAUGUUUGAGUUUUUACUUUGUUUUAAAAGUUGUUUAGCUUCAGAGCGUUUUCAAAAUAUUCGAUCUGAUAUCGGACGUUGAGUACCUACUUGCGACUCCUUUGCAUGUCAUGGGAGCGACAAUGACAAUACGCGAAUCUCAUUCAUCAUUCUCAUCUUCAUUAAGCUUAUGAAGCAAAAUAGUGCAC